AUGGCCCGUCGUGUGAUAUUUGCGUUCAUGGUGGCGUUCACCUUACUCCACGUGGAAGGAGCCAGUAUUCACGCUAAACGUUCAGCCCAGGGAUUUGGUCCACCCGGUCAGAUGGCGAGCCAGUUUGGCCAGAUGGGCCAGAUGGCAGGCCAAAUGGCGAGCCAAAUGGCGGGUCAGAUGAGCGAGAUGGCAGGCCAGAUGGGCAAGAUGGGGAGCCAGAUGGCGGGCCAGGCGGCGGGUGCCUUCGGCCAAAUGGGUUGAGCGACGCAGACGUCGCCGCAACAAGAAGAGGUGGAAAUUGGGAAGAGAAUAAAAAUUGAAAGAAAAAGUAUACCUGUAUAUAGUAAUAAAUAAAUCAUAUUGCUU